AUGACCAACGUGAUGCCGGCCGAUGUCUUCAUGCUGAAGCACUGCUCCAGCAACUUGGUUGGGGUGGCAGACACAGCUUGUGCCAGGACGGUGGCGGGAUCGCAGUGGCUCCAGUCCUACACGAACGUUUUGGCCGAGAUGGGACAGAAGCCAAUCCUGCUGAAGGAGUGCGAGGCCUACAAGUUCGGUACCGGGAAGAUCCACUACUCGUCGUUCUACGUUAUCGUGAGCUUCAAACUUGGAGGCUUCGUGAUCCAGGUGAGGACAUUACGAUGUACAAGGUGGCAAAGCCAAUUUAACUUCCGUGCCAUCAACCUCAAGGACUACGAGCUUGCAACGACUUCCUCCGGACACCCGGCUAUCCCGAUCAUGCCAGUGUGUUUGUCGCCUGGCGAACCGCCAGAUCUACAGGUUGAUGACCUUCGACUGUUCAACAGUCCUCAGAGAUAUGCUGGUCGCUACCAUUGGUCAGACGAGAAUGACGGAGAGCGUGUGUUGUACAAGUGGCAGAUGGGUUGCGUCUACCGUAGAUCAGUGGGAGGCCCCAGGUCCCCUCUUACAACUCCGGCGCCGCAGAUGGACAGCUCGGCGCGGAUCAGCUUCAGGAGUGCCCGCUUCGUCACCUUCUCGGGCACCGAUACGUUCAUCUCCCCGGCCUUCUUGAUCAGCUCCCGCCAGAGUCAGACCGAGGACACGAACGACUUCGAGGACCCGCCGAAGACGAUCACCAGCGGCUAUCUGAACUCCUUGGAGGGCGACCUCGACGAGAAGACCAAGAUGGAGGCCCAAGCGGACGCGGCGGUGCUUGCGGAGAUUGCAGACCUCGAGAGGAAGUUGGCGGUCUUGAAGGACAAGGCCAAGCAGGUUCACUGCCGUGGCUCAGUGUGCUGCGCUGAGAUCAUCACCGAGGACGAGUAUGUUCGCGGGAUGAGAACUAAGGUUACCAACUACAUCGAGGAGCGCAUCAACAAGAUCGACUUUGCAGCCACGGCAGAGAACUACACGUAUGAGCACGACAUGCGCAACGGAAUGGCCGACUUCGUGACGAUAACUGCCGUCCUUUGCCACUACGCCGCGGUGACGUCAACUAUUAACUGGGAGGACUUCUCCUUCACGAACUGCCAAGCCAUCCUAGGGGGCGCAACCCACACAAGCGGGAAGCCAGCAAUGAGAGCAGUUCAACAUGGAGAAGGCGACUCCGACGACCAGAUCUACGUGACCUGCGGACUCUUCACACACGGGGGAGUCCAUGGCUUGACCCGAGCAUCAAAGGACAACGACGCUGUACUUCGCUUCCUCAACGACUUCAAUGACUUCAACAAGCACCACCUUGGAGAAGAUGCCACGUGGACUUCCGUGUCCGUUACCAAGAACAUCGGCGUCAACGUCCACCGGUACUCCAACAACCACAAGGGGUCCCUGAACUGCUCGACGACCGUCGGACAAGACAGCGGAGGAGAUCUGUGGUUGGAAGAAGACAUAGACGAAGACCAAGUACGUGAAGGCCACGUUGUCUGGAAAAGGGACAGGACCAAUGCAUGGGUCCCGGGCCGCUACUACCCCACCAAGGAGCGCGAUCCUUUCCGGCGACACUCUUCGGCAAAAUGGACCGUUCCAGAGCUCAAGAA